GCCCCCGGAUCCAGACUGCAGGCGGCACAGAGCCGGGCUGAGGGCGGUAGGAGCUUUGCGGCGGGAGCGGCCUUCGCGCGGCUGGUGGGCUCCUGUGAGUGGGUGCGGCAGGCCUCGGUGGGCCUUGGCCGUGGACUGGGCUGGCCGCCUAGGGCGGAUGCGGCCGCCGCUGCCCUCGGGCCCCGCGGCGGCCCCCGGGCGUGAAGGCGACUCGCGAGGCCUGAGGAAGCGAGGCCGGCGGCCAGGGCCAGGCGAAGCGGGAAGUUGUGGCCCUGAGGCCACGGGACGCGAGGAGAGCAGGCAGAAGAGGAGAAUGGUGGCCCGAGCGUCUGGGAGAGAAGAGGUGGAAAGUGACAAAUCGGGUGAGGCCAAGGAAAAAAGAAAAGUCACUGAAGCUUCAAGUGAUGAUCCACAGCCAGGGAUUGACCUGGUAAGAAAGGAAUCAUUAACCAGUUUGGAAUCUUUCCAAACAGUGGAGUGCAGUGAAUUUCAAAGUAUGGCUUUCUUGCAGUCUUUGGGUAAGGAGAGUUUGGUAGAAGGUAUUAAAAGAAGAAUUCAAAUUAAAAAACUUAAAAGCUUAGAGAGUCCACCUCUCAAAAUAACUGACAAUAAGGCUACACAAAAUAUUAAGGUUGAAUUCCAAGAUGAACUGUACAAGAAUACUCCAAAAUAUUCUUGUAACAGCUUGUCACCUGGAGUAGAAAAUAAUUCCAUUUUAAAAUUACAUGAUUACAAUUUUCUCCCCCAUUCCAAGGGUUGUAAUGAUGGAAAUAACCUUGCAUAUAAACCUCAUGGUGGAUGUAUGCACGUUCCAGAAAAUUCCUCGAAGUUAAAGAAAGAAAACCUCAGGAGUCUUGCAGAUAAGAGUGACACAAAUAAUAUUCCCCAGCUCUUACAGACUGAAGAAAACUUAAUGGGAGUAAAUAGGUUAUUAUUUGAAGAAGCUGAUUUACACCAAAGUAAAAUUAAUGGCUUGCUUUCCUGCCUUCAAAAUGAAAAAAAUAAAUAUUCAAUAGAGGAGAACAAUAUUGGGAGAAAACCCAGGAAAAGGAUGAAAGUGUCUGAAAAAGGAGAUGAAAUGGUUAUUGAGAUGAACUGCUGUAAUGUGUAUAACAAAACUGAAUUGGUGUUACAAGACAACCAAACAGGUGCUGGGGGCAAAGGAGCAGAGACUUUAGAGGCUAAAAAAAGUCCUUUAAAAGUUUUGAGAAAAGUAAACCAUAAUACACUCUCCCCAGUGGAUCAUUUAUUAAGUCUUCCAGAAAUAGGAAAAAAAACAAGUCCUGAACAUCAUGUAAAUGCUAUGUUUCAGAAAACCCUUGAGCCACUUGUGGAAGAAGAAACAAAGAACACUCCAGAGCCCUUAGGAUUUAAAGGCAUGGAGCCGGAAGAGUAUUUUAAGUCAGUGCAAAGCUCAGUAGUGAAAUUAUCUAGUGAUUGCCAUCUUACUGAAAAGAGAUCUUCACGGGAAGACUUGAGAAAUGAAGCUGAAGAAUCGAAGUCAGGCUGUCACAGAACAAUACCGAUGACUGGUAAAAGAACUUGGCCUUGUUAUUCAUGUGCUAGAAUAUCUGCCCAGUGUUGGAAAAAGUCUUCCUUGCCAGAUUCAAAUAACUUUCUUCCUGGGUCUCAGCAAAGUUUUAGGCAAGAUGAUUUUCUUAAACACCAAACAAAUCAAACUCACUUAAUUGAUUCUAAAUUAUCAUUACAGAGUACCAUAACAAAAACAAAUGGUGAAUCUUCAAGCAAAGAAAAAUUGAAUUCUAAUUUAAAUUGUUUGUCUUCAGUCUCUGCAGUAGAGCCUACUUUGACGAUUAUAAAGGAACCUACAAUUGAUGAUGGUAAAAAGAUGAAGUCAGAGGAAUGGAGCAGAAGUGGGUCAGAGGUAGUUUCUAAUACUGAUGAAGAUACUCCGCUAACUAAUGUGACUCAAAACUUAACAGGAAGUAAAAAAAAAGUUAGAGGGAAUUUAACAAAACUUAAUUUGACAGUGGCUUCACAGGAUGGCCAGGAAGCAAAUAACUCUCUAGGCAAAACAAUUCAUCGAAAAGCAUGCAUUGCUAAGCAAACACUUGUGGUUCCAGACUUGGUUAAAAUAUUGAACACAGGAAGACUGACUAAUUUUAAAAUUCCAUUACUUAAGAAUAAAACAGAAAAAAGAAAAGAAAUAAAUGCCAGGUCAUCAGAGAGAGAUGCAUAUAGUCCCCUAGAACUUCUUGACAAUUUAUCUGGAGCAGAGGUAAGACAAAGUAGGAGUAAAGAAAAUGUCUCCACAGUAACAUCGGGACCUCAGUCUUUGAGUAUACAAAAUAGUGUAACUCCAGUGCAAGCUGAUUCUGACUCAUGCAUGUGUAAGAAUUCCUGUGGUAUUUCUCCAAACUUUUUAAAGGAAAGCAAUGAUACUAAACCAUCUAACUGCAUCUCUGAACCAGGCAAUAUUAUUUCUAAUAAGGAAGCUGUUUCUCUCACAAUUGAAAGAAAUAGUUUUUCUUGUGAUCUUGGGUGUAUGGAGAAAAGUUGUGCCUUCUCUAAUAAACAAGAAACAUUCAAACCAGUUUUCUCUGAAGUUAGUGGUAGAGAAAUGACUAAGAACUUUUCAGAAAUUAAAAUGGGGUUUCCAGAUAUUCUGAAAGCAUAUGAAGAUGAUGUCCUCUUAAUUGAUGUCAUUCAAGAUGACCCAGAUCUCUUUGGGGUCUCCAAUGAAGGGGAGCUCUCAUUUACUUCAGAGGUCCCUAUGAUAAGCCAGGAGCCCAUUGUUGCUGAAGAGCACCAAUCAACAGACUCUAAGCACGUGGAACUUCCAGAAAAAAAAGAAACAAGCGAUGACUUGAGAGAACUUCCUGUACCGGAUUCAGGAUUGAAGAAGUCAGAGGUCUGUGCUUCCUUGUCAGCAGCAAAUGAGAUAAAACAUGAUUCCAAAGGUGAAAACAUUUCCCUAGGGGAAAUUACUAAUGAGACCUCUGAAAGUGAAAAUCUGGAAGACUUCAGUGAACACAUAAAAAGUUCAGACUUGGAUGAAAAGCAUAGAUUUUCAGAAGAGGUGACUAUUAAAGAAGAAAAAGAAAAUAUUUUUGAAGUUUGCAAAAGCAAAGAUCCUAAAAAUUCAGAGAUGGUUGGUGAAUGUCAGUUAUCAACAUUGGCCCCCAAACCUCUGUGCUUAUCAGUGCCACCUUUGAAUCUAAAUCUAAGUGCUCAUCAAGAAGACAUAUUACUGAAGCCCUGGAUGAAUGAUUUCAGAUUUCCAGGAAAACAUUCUCUCUUAAAGCUGCAGAAUCCUGAAACUUGUGAAAUAUUUAAGAGGGAAAAAAAUGUAGGGGUGUUCCAGAAGCCCCUAGGGUUGAUGCUACCCCAUAGAUACUGCAAAUUUCAUUUUAAUACAUUACGUGGCUGUGAGCGAUCACAAUGCAAGUUUGCUCAUGUGCCUGAGCAAGGGGAUGAAAAGGUUUGUAUGGAUGUGUUUAAGAAAUAUAUAAGCAUCAACGAGCUGUGUUUGCUACAACGUGCAGUAAACAUGUUUAUGGAGUACUACAGAAAGUUUCCUCCAGGUGUACACUUUGAUUUACAAGUGCUAAAUGACCUUCUAAAUUCUUUACUCAAACAUUGUUUAUUGAAAGAAGUAUUUCAGGUAGUGAACCUCAGCAUAAUGGUUAAAAUGCUGCCUGCUCUGAAAAUAUUACUAAAAAUAUUUGAGCAUGUGGCAACUAUGAAAUUAAGGAAUGCUGUACCUGCUUUAAUUGAUAUAUUUUGUAAGUUUGUUGAAGUUGGGAUGGUGUUUGACCCAGAACACUUUAACUAUAUCAUCAAGCUCUUAUACCAACUACAGGCUUCCCAACAAGAAAUAACUGCAGUUCUGGAAAUGAAAUCCAGGUUACGGAUGAGGCAAUUUAAACAGAACUGGAAAUGUGAUUUAGAUUCAGCCUUGAAUGAAAUACAGCAUUGUAAAGAAAAAGGUGACUGGACCAAAUUGGGAAAUUUAUACAUUAACAUAAAAAUGAGCUGUGGAAACUUUGCAGAUUUCCAGAGAUUUUGUGCUUGUAUUGCUGAAACACUAACACAAAACUGUAAAGAAGAGAGACCAGGCGUUCCAUUUUGUGAAUUUGCUGAAACAGUUAGCAAAGAUCCACAAAAUAGUGAAGUAGAUAAAACUUUGCUGGGAAGAAUUGGAAUCAGUGCUAUGUACUUCUAUCACAAGCUGUUGCAGUGGGCCAAGGGAAGGAAGGUCUUAGAUAAACUAUAUGAAUUGAAAAUACAUUUUACAACUUUAAAAGGACUUACAGGGCCUGAGAAGUUAGCACCAAGAUGUCAAAUUGUGAAUAUUGCAGCAGAAAUUUUUCUAAAAAGUGGAAGCCUAGAUGGUGCCAUUUGGGUAUUGAGGGAAUCAGAAUGGAUCAUCAAUACACCACUGUGGCCUUGUGAUAGACUGGAUGUACUCAAUCGACAUAAUCUGCUCUGUACAAUUGCACACGAAAUCUUAGCCAAGAGCCUUUAUAGACAGACAUUUGAAGUUUUGCAAAAUCUACCAGGUUUUCAAAAUUCUCAAGAAACUGUGGAGGUCUCACAGUACAGCCUUCUUUUUAAUAAACUUCUAGAUGCCUGUAUAGAAAGCAACAGUCUUGGUAUGUCAUCCUCCGUGGCAGACUUCAUGAUUUCAAAGAACAUCCCUAUUGAGCUCUCCUUUCUUAGAAGAUUAAUUACUUCUUUGGGAAGGAGUUGUUUAUGGCUCAAAGCCAGAACCCACUACAAAAGUGCUCUUUCAUUGGGUUGCUAUCCACCAUUGGAGGGAAAUUUAUACCGAAAACUUCUACUGAUUCCUUCUUAUUUAUCUGAGAUUGAAAUGCUUUUAGCUAUUGAAAUCUUCCUGGUAUCUAAUGCUAGUAGUAUUCAGAGUCCUGGAACUUCUACACAGAUGCUGCAGAUAGUUUUGAAAAGAUGUGAAGAAGACAAAUCUCGGAGUAAGGAUGAUUAUCAAGCUGCAGUGGAAAGACUAAUUAUGGCUGCUCGUAUAUCGGACCCAAAGCUCUUCAUUAAGCACAUGACCGUCAAUGUUAAUAAGGAACAGGUUUAUAGUUUGGAACAUUGUUCUGCCCUGAAAUGGUUGAAAGAUAAUAUGAAGUGGGCUGGAAAGGUUUGGCUUUUCAAUAACCAUUAGUUAAUAAAGGCUUUUUUUUUUUUUUUUAAGUUCAAGUAAUCAUUGUUGAAAAUAAAAGGCAAUAAAAGUAAAGACAAUUUUCACUAUA